AUGAAGAAGUGUAACAAGAUUGCGAAUGUUUGUCUCACACGCAACAGGGUUAGCAAUGCAAGCGAGAAUGCUUACAAGUUAAAAUCAAAUAAAAUUGAUGUUGAAGAUGAUAAUGACAACGUUCAUGAGGUUUACGUGAUGGGGACACCUGGGGGGCUAUUUUUGAAAACGUUUGAAGAUUACGACAGAGGACCUGUCGUUUUCAACAACAGGCUGUCGCCGUGGGAUCUGCAAGAUAGAAGAUUUGUAAAGCUGUUUAGGCUUACAAAACCUCUUGCUCGAGACCUUUGUUAUGAGCUAGAGCCCAGACUGCCAGUAGCACAUCGUUCCAGUGCCAUUCCAAGUGACAUAAGAUAUCGCUAUCCUGGCACUAUUGGUGCUAUUGAUGGCACUCAUGUUGCCAUAACUUCUCCGCCCAAAAACGAUCCUGAGCAUCCAGAACAUAUUAUUUAUGUUAACAGAAAGAAUUUCCAUUCUAUUAACACUCAGAUAAUAUCAGAUUCUGAAAGAAAGAUCUUGUCCAUUUGGGCAAGGUUCCCAGGAAGUAGCCACGACGCCUUUAUUUGGCAUCAAAGCCAUGUCAAACGUCACCUAACCCGCCUUUAUCAUCAGGGUUUAAGGAAUACAUGGUUAAUAGGUGAUAGUGGCUACGGCUUGGAGCCAUUCCUGAUGAAACCGUUCGAAAAUGCCAGGGAAGGGAGCCCUGAGGAUCAGUUUAACAGAAGCUUGAAAAGAGCCAGAGCUUCUGUUGAAUGUACCAUUGGCCUUUUGAAGAACCGUUUUCGUUGCCUCUUAAAAGCACGAACCUUACACUACUACCCCCCUGUAGCUGCAAAAAUAAUAAAUUGUUGUGCAGCUCUUCACAAUUUAUGCAUUGACAACAACGUCCCGUUGAUCAUUAACAAUGCAAAUUUGAUCAAUGAUGAAAUUGUACCUGAUGACGUUGAACCAAUUAUUAAUUAUGAAAGAGCUGUAGCCAUAAGGAACAGAAUUGUUCAAACUUACUUUUAA